AUGCCACCCAAAAUACCACCUAGUCGACCUGAUGAGGACCCGGCCCCUGAAGUUCACGGGUCUAAAGCAGGAGUUGGAGAUGGUCUUGCCAACAAAGGGUAUCCCGAUCCAUCCUUGGAGCCUUAUAUUCUAUCCCUAACCUCUCCGGCGAAGACUUUAACUACGCGUCAAUCUUCAGUCUCAGAUGCUGGUAUCCUUCUUACCAGUGCCGAGACCACAGGGGUUGUGGCAUCUGGUGGCACUGGCGCCCGGGCCGAUGGACAGCAAUCGCAAGGCCCUAAUGUCUUUAAUGGCACUAAUCAUGUCACAGUUAUUCAACACAUGAAAAACACCGUGUCGGCAACGACUCAUGACGAAUACAACAUCGGUCAUGGAGCCAGAGCAGCGACACCAACGAGUCUUUCGGGGCAUUCGUCUUCAAGUGUUCAUUGUAGAGAUGUUGUCUCAAAAUCACAGGCCACCGUCAUGGCUCCCAUAGGUCCAGUGGCUCCGGAAACUGUGCCUGGGAUUUCAGAUCUGGUAGUAGAGCUUCCAGAGACAGUAACAUCAGAGUCUACCGACCAAUAUAUGGACAUAUCGGGAGACGAGGGCCCACUCGUGGCCAUUCCUUCCACCGCCGAUGCCUUUGCCUCGCGGGUCAAAACAAUCGGGGACGACAUCGUAGCAUCGUACAAUGCUAUUCUUCCUCUACUGAGGCGACGUACAAGUCCGCAGUUCUUCCAGUCAAUCUGCAUCCAGAGUGGAAUGUUCACUGAGAAAAACCGCUGGCUCUUCGACAAGAUCGAUGCGAUAUCCGUGCAUGAUCCCGAAAGUCAGGAGGUCUAUGAGUCGCCAUACGUCCUCGUAUACAGCGAACUAGUGUCCCUCCAAAAGCAUAUGAAGCUGCUGAGAUCGGGCACGGGAAAGGAAGCUCUUGCCCAGAAGGAGCCCGAUGACUGGCACACUGACGUGGCACAGACCUCUGGGAAGAAAAAUGAGGUUGAAGAGAAACUGAAUACCAAAUCAGUAUGGCACCUGGCUUUCAAAUCUACAAAGUCUGCUAAGACUACUGCAACAAGAAACGAUCAUUUGAUCUGGCUCAGGGUUGAAUCGUGUGUCGUUGAGGUCUCAUCGUUCAGGGAGUUAAGUUUCCAAGGCCACAACCAGGAAGCCAUCGAUGACUCUGGCAUGCUGGACCCACCAUCCACUGAGGGAACUGGACCCCACAACUUGAAGCGGAAAGCGUCAUCCCAACUUCCUGAACCUCCGGGAAAAUGCCAAAAGACAAGGCCCAACCAGACCCGCCGGAUGACAGACCCAGGACCUCAACUCCCUCGAGGCAUCCAAGUGUGCCCCGAAUACCUCAUGCCACAUGACACCACGGAGAAGGCAAUCAUGAAGCUCACGGACAUGGUGUGCGAUCACAGCAUCUACUAUCUUUCACAAGAGACGAGGUCGGCAUACGGAGCGACAGCAAAAGGACUGACGCUCCGCAAGAUACUUGACAAUCGGCACCAGAAGAGAUACGAGCGUUGCUGGAAUCUCUUGUGGAUCGUGCGGCUCGCACGCCUUGCGGCGGAGGCGGUACUGCGGUUCGACCUUCGUGAUUCGGAUCCUCAUCCUCAAGAGAUUAUUGUGUUCUACGGAGCAGACAAGAAGGACUCUGAAAUGCACUUGUCACCAUUUCUAGAGGUCAAAAUUGAGAGAUCCGGUCCCCAAGGUCUGUCAGAUACCGGGGGCGAAACCGACGACGAAGCCGACCAGUCCAAUCACCAGCCAAAGCGACAGCAGGUUCUCUUGAACCUUGGCAACGUCUUACUCCAACUGGGAGUCAAACGGGACGUCAAAUUGGGGAAGGCGCCCAGUGGUCCUGACCAAAUGAAGGAAUACAUCAACAAGCAUGCUGACAAGACGAUCACCGGGGUUCAUCAGAAAUACGCUGAUGCUGUGCGUAGCUGCACCAGGUUCUAUGGAAAAGAGAAGGCUAUGGGAGAAUCGGCGUUCCGGGAAAGCUUUUUCAAGCUCAUUAUAGAACCGCUGAAGGAUUGUGAGUCGAUUAUUGAUGGACAGGAGAAGGAAGGCAAGAGGCUUAACACCAAGCACUGA